AGACUUUUCACAUCAGGGUUUUCACAUCGGUUAAUCAAUUACCUGAUGUAAAAGAUGACGCGGUGGCAAUAUUGAAAUUAUAGUGAACUUUUAUGAUAGUUUUCACAUCGGUUGGGAAUAUGUCUGAUGUGAAAAGUAGUUAGGAAAUACUUUUUACAACGAUUUUUAUAAUAAGCGAUGUGAAAGCUAAAUGCGGUGGCAUUUUUGAAAUUUUAAUGAAGUACAUUUCACAUCGGUUAGAUUAUAGCCGUUGUGAAAAGUGCAUCUUUUCUUCUUUUUUCACAUCGGUUCGUAUAUAACAGUUGGGAAAACGUACUCUUUUCUACAUUUCACAUCGGUUUUGAUAAAACCGUUGGGAAAAGUCCCUCAUUUCUCUGUUUUUGACAUCGGUGUUAAUUGAUCCGUUGGGAAAUGCCCCUCCAUUCUUUAACAUUUCCACAAACCCUGGCCUGAACCCAAACGCACACAAACUCACUAUCAGCUCUCUCCAUCGCCUCUCGACGCCGCCAUCAACUCUCGCUCUGGUGCGUUCGCCAGCACGUCUCGACGCCGCCAUCACCUCUCGCCAUCAUCGCUGGUGCGUUCGCCAUCAGCUCUGGUCCGUUCGCCACCACCUCUUGACGCUCGCUGGUGUUUAUGGAAGCUGUUGACGCCGCUCCUGCUCUGUGACUCACCGCCGCUCCUGCUUCGACACUAUCAAGGUCUGUGACUCACCGCCGCAACUUGGAAGAACAAACACACAGGCUUCGCUUCCGCCGCUGCCACCACCGUGUACGAUCGACAAACCUCUCCUCCUUCAUUCUCCUCCGAGAAUGAAGAAGAUCUUUUCAUCAGAGACCAUGGACAUCCCCGACGGCGUGAGCAUCAAGGUUGAAGGCCCUCGCGGGGAUUUCCAGCUCAUCACCGAUGAGAACGGCAAGAAAAAGCUCAAGAUCGAGGCCUGGUUCGGUACCCACAAGAUGAGGCUCGUCUAUGCCCAUUAUUUUCCCAUCAAUGCUAGCAUCACUAAUCACAACAAGGGCAUCAAGAUCCAUAGCUUUCCACUUUUCGUGAGGAAAGUGGAUAUGCUUGAUGGAGUUUCCAUUGUGCGAUCUGAGAAAGUGAAGGAUGAGUUGGUUUUCGAUGGAAAUGACAUUGAGCUUGUUUCUAGGUCAUGUGCCCUUAUCAAUCAGAACAAGGAUAUCAGGAAGUUUCUUGAUGGUAUUUAUGUUAGUGAGAAGGCUCGCUUGCAUGUUCAACUUGCCAUGUUAUAGUCAUGGUACAUCAUGGGUGAUAUAUGCAGUAAAUUGCUGCUUGAGUUUUU